UGAUGGUGGGCUGUGGUAAACUGAGCACCUGCCUCGCUUUUAAAUUCAAAUAAAACAUGUAAACACAAAACUGCAUUACACUUUAAAUAAACUCACGAGACGCGAUUUGGUACACGUGACGUUUUCCCUCACUCUCACGAGCGUGACGGCCCGUGAUCCCAGAGCCGCUUGAAACACCACGUCUCGCGAGCUUCGGAGCAGCCGGCACAAGCCGCUCUGCUCUUUCCGGUGUGCGCGUGUGUUAUCAGUUACGACACCUUUCGUGUAAACAGCCAUGGCCGCCCUGCGCAGGCUUAUCCCUCUACUCACUAACGGUUCAAGAGCCAGGAGGUUUGUCGCGUGUGGAUCCUGCGUCACCGCGGCGGCCGGAGCUGGUUAUUAUUAUUAUUACUAUUACUAUCACCGCGGCUCCCUCGCCGGUAGACGCUGCGGGUUGAAGAGCAACGUCGAGGCUCGACUCUUCCAUCUGGCGCUACCGGCGGUGUCUGCCACCGAGAAGGCCCGCACCUAUGGUCUGGAUGAUGGAGAUGCAUACAUGUCGUCCUAUGAAAACAGAUUCCGCCUCUUCAGUUCGGUGGAGUACGAGGGGCAACUCUACAUGACGCCACUCAGCUUCAUAGAGUCCGUCACUUUGAAUGAACCCAAGAGUAGGAGAGCAUGGAAGUCCCUCACAAAAAAGGACUUAGAAAAGAUACUGUCUGAUACCCCGCCUGUUUGCAAAGGAUCAUCUAAUUUGUUCAGAAAUCUUCGUGAACGAGGUGUCAUCAGCUACACAGAGUAUCUUUUCCUGCUCUGCAUUUUAACAAAGCCCCAUGCAGGCUUCAGGAUUGCUUUCAACAUGUUCGAUGCGGAUGGGAAUGAAAUGGUGGACAAAAGGGAGUUCUUGGCGCUGGAGGAAAUUUUCCGUAAGAAAAAGGCAAGAAAGGAAGUUGCAGAAGACACGCAAAGAUUUGACCAGCAGAGCCUGCAGCUGUACGGUCAACGCACAUCACAGCCGCACAGUGUUGCUGAAAAGGACAGUCCGCAUGUGGAGGCUCGGGGCAUGUGGGAUGUUCUCAGACGCAGCACAAGUCAAGUUCUUUUUUCUGAUCUCACCGAGGUGGAUGAAAAGACCGAGACAACGCUGCUGGUGCACUUCUUUGGGAAAAAAGGCAAAGCUGAAUUGAAAUUUGAAGAUUUUUACGAGUUCAUGGACAACCUGCAGACAGAGGUUCUGGAGAUAGAGUUCCUCUCCUACUGCAAGGGCCUGCCGACCAUCAGCGAGGAAGACUUUGCUCGGAUCCUCCUUCGCUACACCAAGGUGGACGACGUCAGCGAGUAUUUGGAGAACGUGCGCCACAGCUUGCCGGACGAAAAGGGAAUCAGCUUUGAGGAGUUCAGGUCCUUCUUCCAGUUCCUAAACAACCUGGAGGACUUUACCAUCGCCAUGCAAAUGUACAACUUUGCCAACCGCUCCGUCGGUCAAGAGGAGUUCACCCGCGCCGUCUAUGUGGCCACGGGCAUCAAGCUGAGCCGCCACCUGGUCAACACGGUCUUCAAGAUCUUCGACGAGGACCGCGACGAUAAACUCAGCCACAAGGAGUUCAUCGGCGUCAUGAAGGAGCGGCUGCACCGCCGCGGCAAGGGCAUCAGAGUGGAGGAGAAGUUCACCUCUUUUAAGUCCUGCAUGAGGAAGGAGCUCUCAGGCAAAUAGGUGGAAAUCCCAUCAUCAGAACCUGUCUUAACUGGACGAGCUGGGCCUCCUCUUUGCACUCUAGUAGGGACUGAAGGGUUAAUGCAUGCCGCAGCAUCUUACUGCACUAUGUUAGAAGCUUUUAAAUAAAAAGGAUGAUGCACAAACAGGAUGCGGUCAGCCGAAAGAGAGGCUGUUAAAAACCAACUGAUCCACCAGUGUUGCAGGAGUCUGAUUUAAAGUAAUCAAUCUGUCGGCUUUCAAUUGGUUUAAGUUUUUUUUUAACAAGUCCAACGUUGUCUUAUUACUGCUCGGCCAACGUGUGUUGUUCGUCUGGAAUCCCCUUUUGUCCAGAGCUCCAUUCGGCACAGUGGCGGCGGCAUCACUCAAAUGCUUCGCCCUCCCUGUGCAUCACAGAUCCGCUCAGGAGAGCACCUCCCCUCCUCCCUGUCGUCUUUCUCCUCCCUCUGCAGCUGGAAUCCUUCAGGAUGCCCUGGAGCCCCAGCAGGCUUCAGACAAACUCAUUUACUCUUUUGCUUUUUCACUGUGUAACUGCAGGCAGCUAACAGCGUUACUCAUUUCUUAGUGGGUAAGAGAGAAUUGUUAUUUUUGUGCCACUGGCAGGGAUGACCUCUAUAUGAAGGAAUAUGCAUAAAAAUGAAGCCAUAUGUUUGUUCCACUCUUGGGAUGCUAAAAUUAGUUCUGGAGCAAAAUAUUAAAAUGACCUUCCCUUUAUGUUCUCUAAGAACGAGUUUAUACUUCAUCUUUGUAGAAAUCCCCACUUGUAGUACAGUUCAGUGCAGUGUGGGACUGAGGAAUAUUAAUGACUGUUUGCUGGGGUAAUGUUGGAUUUGGGAGGAGAUAUGUUCUCAAAAGGGUAUCACAUGCUGUAAUAUUUACCAGAUUAGUUAGUCUACCUCUUGAAGAGUUUUUGGAAACUUCUCACCGGGUGUCAUUAUUUUAAACCGCGUCUUGACUUUUGCACCAAUGCAUUUCUAAAGACAUUAAAAUAAUUUCAAACA